AUGUCGGAGACCGCUCCUGCUGCCCCCGCUGCUGCGCCCCCGGCGGAGAAGACCCCUGUGAAGAAAAAGGCUGCCAAAAAGCCUGCAGGGGUGCGCCGCAAGACGUCUGGGCCGCCUGUGUCCGAAUUAAUUACCAAGGCGGUGGCCGCUUCCAAGGAGCGCAGUGGCGUGUCACUGGCUGCGCUGAAGAAGGCACUGGCGGCUGCUGGCUACGAUGUAGAGAAAAACAACAGCCGCAUCAAACUGGGUCUUAAAAGCCUGGUGAACAAGGGCACUCUGGUGCAAACCAAGGGCACAGGCGCUUCGGGCUCUUUCAAACUGAACAAAAAGGCAGCUUCCGGGGAAGCCAAACCCAAGGUCAAAAAGGCUGGUGCUGCCAAAGCAAAGAAGCCAGCUGGAGCAACCAAAAAGGCGAAGAAGGCAACAGGCGCAGCCACCCCCAAGAAGAGCGCUAAGAAGACCCCAAAGAAAGCGAAGAAGCCUGCGGCUGCAGCUGUGGCCAAGAAAGUGGCUAAGAGCCCAAAGAAGGGCAAGGCGCCCAAGGCCAAGAAAGCCGCUAAGAGCGGAGCGAAGGCGGUGAAGCCCAAGACAGCUAAGCCCAAGGUUUCCAAGCCUAAGAAAGCUGCCCCCAAGAAGAAGUAG